GUAACCCGGAAGUAAACGUCAGGGUCAUCAUCAGGUGACAACAACACAAACAGCGUCUGAUCUGCAGCAAACCGCGUCAUUCGUUUAUUUAUCGCAAUCAUUCAAGUUUAAAGGGCUUAUUUAACACAAUGGCGCAAAAAAUCAACGAAGCUCACGAGCACAUCGCCAAGGCUGAAAAAUAUUUAAAGACGAGCUUUAUGAAGUGGAAGCCUGAUUAUGACAGUGCUGCAUCAGAAUAUGCUAAAGCAGCUGUCGCCUUCAAAAAUGCCAAACAGCUGGAACAGGCGAAAGAUGCUUAUUUACUGGAGGCAGAGGCUCACACCAACCACAGAUCUCUUUUUCAUGCUGCCAAGGCCUUCGAGCAAGCAGGAAUGAUGCUGAAGGACAUGCAGAGGUUGCCUGAGGCUAUUCAGUACAUAGAGAAGGCCAGCGUGAUGUACGUGGAGAACGGCACUCCAGACACCGCCGCCAUGGCCCUCGACCGAGCCGGAAAGUUGAUUGAACCUCUGGAUUUGGCGAAAGCCGUUCAUCUGUACCAGCAGGCAGCAGGAGUGUUCGAGAACGAGGAGCGACUGCGGCAAGCUGUGGAGCUCGUGGGCAAAGCUUCCAGACUCCUUGUUAGACAACAGAAGUUUGACGAAGCUGCCGUGUCUCUUCAGAAGGAGAAGAACAUGUAUAAGGAAAUCGAGAAUUAUCCGACGUGUUUUAAGAAAACCAUCGCACAGGUGCUGGUGCAUCUGCACAGAGCAGACUAUGUGGCGGCCGACAGGUGUGUGCGGGAGAGCUACAGUAUCCCAGGAUUCAGCGGGAGCGAAGACAGCGUGGCCAUGGAGCAGCUUCUGCAGGGUUACGAUGAGCAGGACGAGGAUCAGGUGUCUCGCGUCUGCACUUCACCGCUGCUCAAAUACAUGGACAACGACUAUGCAAAGCUUGCCAUCAGCCUGAAGGUGCCUGGAGGAGGGAAGAAGAAAGCCGCCGCUGCUGCCGCUGCCAGCGGAGAUCCUGGAGCCGCGCCGCCGGGGGAAGAGGAGGACGAGUACGCUGGAGGCCUCUGUUAAAGCUCUACCAAACAUAUUCCACAUCUGCUGCUUCAGACUCCUCCAUGAAGGUGCAAGCAUGAGCCCUAAACAAUAUAUUCCUGUACUGGAGGGGCAUUGCGUUUCAAGAAGCUUUCAGAACUGUUAAGGAGAGAAAAGUCAUCUGAAGAAGAAAAGCUUCUUGACAAAACCCAUGCUAGGUCUCACGUGUAAGCAGCAUGUUUAUACAACAUCGUCCUCUCUUAAAUGUGCAUAUUUAUUUAGGUUUGCCUUCCAAAGCUCAUGUUAAAAUGUAAAUUUGUUUGUUUUCCGGAAAACCCAUAUGGAAGCUUGUUUCUGCCAUGUGAUAAAUAAAUGAAGGUAACUGAGACUUUAUCUCACAAUUCAGCUCUUUCUUCUAUAUAAACGAAGAAUUGCAAGGCAUAAUUCUGCAUUAAAAUCUUGCAAUUCUGCAUUUGAGGCGUAAUUUCAAAAUUGCAAGAUAUAAAUGCAGAAUUGUGAUAAACUUGCAAUUCUGAGAAGAAAAAUCUGAACCUUGAGGUAUAAGCUUGCAAUUGCAAGAAAAAAAAAAAACGUCUGAAUUGUGCAAUAGUCGCAAUUGCCUUUAAAAUUUUAAAAUAAAAUAAAACAACAAAGAAUACAGAAUUGCAAGAUGUAAAAUUUAGAAUUCUGAAGGGAAAAAAGUCAGAAUUGUGAUUUAAACAGAAUUCCAUGAAAAACAAUUAAAAUAAGUAACUAAAUAAAAGAGAUUCAAAUUUUAAUUUCAUUUUCAUUGUGCGAUUUAAAAAAAAAAAAAAAAAGU